AGUCACAGAAUGGACUUCUGGAAUCUGGCCAUCAGAAUUAUUUCCUUAUCACAAACUACAGCUGGAAUUCUGGGAAAUUUUUCUGUAAUUUUCUACUAUUUUGUCCUAUACAGCAGAGAAUGCACAUUAAAGCCCACAGAUGUGAUUCUGGUGAAUGUAAUGUCAGCUAAUGCCUUGAUCAUUCUCUCUACAGGAGUGCCACAAACAAUAGCAGUUUGGGGAUUUAAGCAUUUCUUGAAUGAGUUUAGAUGCAAACUCCUAUUGUAUGUCCAAGGAUUGGGUAGGAGUGUGUCCAUUAGCACCAUCUGCCUCUUAAGUGUCUUCCAGGCCUUGACCAUUAGUCCCAGGAAGGUCAAACUUAAGAAGUACACCAGUUGGAAUGUCUUCCUCAUCUGGAUCCUGUACAUGUUCAUAAAUUUUAUUCAUUUUGCAUACACAAUUGUCAACAGGAAUAUCAAAAAUGUGACACAAAAACAAGAUUUUGGGUACUGCUCUGCAGGGAGGGACCAAAUUGGCGAUUCACUCUAUGCAACAUUGGUGGUUUGCCCUGAAAUCUUUUUCUCUGUGAUCAUGGUCUGGUCCAGUGGAUCCAUGAUUGCCAUUCUGUACAGGCACAAGCAGAGGGUCCAAUACAUCCGCAGCACAAAUGGUUUGAGCAGAAACUCCCCUGAGUACAGAGUCACCCAAAACAUUCUAAUCUUAGUGUCCAUCUUUUUGGCUUUUUACACUCUCUCCUCCUUCCUAAGAGUCUGCAUUUGUUAUAUAAAUAGUCACAAUUGGAGGCUGGUGAACAUCAACCGUCUUACCUCUCUGUGUUUUCCAUCAUUUGGACCCUUUGUUCUCAUGAAUCAUUACUCUCUUAUGUCCAGACACUGUUUGGGCUUCAUAAGGAAUAAAAAUCAUUUAAUCUCAUUUCAAGAAAGGAAAUGA